AUGGCAGAUUACUAUGAGAAGGGUCCACUUGGUCGUCAGUCACGCCAAGUAUCCCGCACGACGGUGGUCUCUGCAUCUUUGGCGGCUAUAGCCAUAGGAGGACCUCUGCUGGGGAUGAUGGGGUUCACUUUUUUAGCCUCCACAACACUUCUUCUAGUUUGCUUUCCCCUUUUGGUGCUCUUCAGUCCCUUGCUUCUGAGUGCCGCCUUUCUGUUGGUGGCAACGCUGUCUGGCUUUGCUGUUGCUAUUGCUAUGGCACUGACUGGUCUUUCAAUGCUUGGAUGGAUUAUAAGGGAAACCCGAUUGAGGUUUGGUGCUUUGAGUAACGUGGGGGACUCAGGUCACAUAAUGAAGGGAACGAAGGGAGGGUAUUUUGCAACAACCACAGCUUAA